AUGCUCGUCAAAUCACUCUUUGCUGUCGUCGCUGCUGCUCUUGCAUCUACGAGCUUUGCUUGUGAACCUGAAUGCCGUCGUGGUCUUGCCGCUGAUUUUGCAAAGCACUAUGGACCUGUGGUCGAAUUGGCUGUUAACAAUCUACAAGACUCCUUCGCAUCCGAUGUGACGAAUGCCACUCUACCAAGCUCAGUGUCAUCCAUGGUGCCCGAGAAUGUACUUCAUCGUGAAUUGACAACCCAGCUAUCCAAUGCACUCGACGCCUUUGUGGAAGAAGCAACUGGCAAGGAUCUCACCAGUGGCAUCUUUUCGGUCAUGUUUGCUGAGGAGAAGCCUUUCAAGGGAGACUGCAACCACCCUGCUCGCCUUACUCGCAAGAUGCCUCCUGAAGGUGAAAGCUGGACUCGUGAAGAAUGUGAAAAGAUGGAUUACAUUUGUGGCAACCCACCUUCAAUCUGUCACUUUUUACCUGAUAUCAAGCAACGUAUUCUUGGCCGUAUCCGCUCUCAACUCGCAAACCGUGCUACCUUUGAUGAUGGAUCCUUGGUUAAGAAUGUUGUCCAAAGCAUCAAGGAAUCGACUGCCAAUGUCAUGCGCGAUUACGGUGCUGGUUCCAUGAUGGAUGAUCCUGAAAUGAAGUUAUAUCUUGAUACCGUCACCAGCAAUGCCAUUCGUUCCCUUGAUACCUGGUCUACUGAGGACCUCAAGUCACUUUGCACUCGCCCUGAGGAUGAUCAAGUUUGCAAUGGUUGGGAUGACUCUAUCAUGACCGAGAUCUUAAAGUGGCCCUAA